AUGGCACCCGAGAAAAGAACGAUGCUCAUUGACCCAGAUAAUAUUGGGCGCUUCGCUAUUGCUGCUUUGAUGGAGCCGGAGCAUUUCUCGAAUCGUGCUAUUGAUAUUGGGGGCGAGCCCCUGAUGGCGGAUUUGCGACUGAUUAUCCUAAAAACAGACCUCGAGUUGCGAGGCUCCAGACGCAAGUCCUGA